AAAUAUUCUAAGUCUUUGCGCGAUCGGUAUUUUAGACCAUGGAACGUAAAGUCUCGUUAAAUGUUAAGUCUGAUUUUAUUUGAAUAAUAAAAAAAAAUAAAAUUUGUGAAAAGUUUAUAUUAGAGAACUCUGAUAGCAAUACUUAUAUUAUCAAUAAUUAAAUGAAACAAUUAAAUAUUAACAAUUUUACAAAAUUAACAUAUAGUGAUGACGUAAGAGGUUAUCUUUUCUAAUUAUACAAAACAGAAAAUGAUAGUGGUUGAAUAUUUCGUUUUACGUACAAUAUUAUGAUGUUAAUGUGUGAUACAAAGUUGAUUAGAAAAAUAAUAUAAAUAUCUUUAGUGACAUGUACAAUGUUAAAGCAUGGUUGUCACGCCACGAAAGAUGAAACAGGUUGCCUUUUCUGUGAUUUGUAUAAUAUUAGUGUUAGGAUUUUAUAAAACAUUAGUAAAUCCAGAAGAUGAACAAUCUUUUACCCGAGUUCACCCACGAGAUCGUAAAUCUCAUCUAGGAGAUGUAAAUGAAAUUGAAAGUGUUAAUGAAAAAGUUCAAGAGGCAGUUGAUGAAAAUAUACGUUAUACUGAUAUUAAAGAUAUUGAAGAAGCAAAAAUACGAAUUCGUGAAUUAGAGGGCAAAUUACAACAUCUUGAAGCUAAGAUCGAAAACAAAGUAUCAAAAGAUUUCCCAACAGUCAAAUUUCUUAAUUAUAAAAACCGGAAAAGAAUAUUAGUCACAGGUGGAGCUGGCUUUGUUGGAUCACAUUUGGUUGAUCGUUUAAUGCUUGCUGGCCAUGAAGUGAUAGUCGUAGAUAAUUUUUUUACUGGAAGAAAACGUAAUGUUGAACAUUGGGUUGGCCAUGAGAAUUUUGAGCUUGUUCAUCAUGACAUUGUUAGACCUCUUUAUUUAGAAGUUGACGAAAUAUAUCAUCUUGCUAGCCCAGCUAGUCCGCCACAUUAUAUGCUUAAUCCAGUUAAAACAAUAAAAACAAAUACAUUAGGUACAAUAAAUAUUUUAGGUCUUGCGAAAAGAGUGGGAGCAAGAGUUUUAAUAGCCAGUACAUCUGAAGUUUAUGGAGAUCCUAAUGAACAUCCUCAAUCAGAAACUUAUUGGGGUCAUGUGAAUCCUAUAGGGCCAAGAGCUUGUUACGACGAAGGAAAACGUGUAGCUGAAACAUUAAGCUAUGCAUAUAUGAGACAAGAGGGCGUUUCAGUACGCGUUGCACGAAUUUUUAAUACAUUCGGGCCAAGAAUGCAUAUGAAUGAUGGUCGUGUAGUUUCAAACUUUAUUCUACAAGCAUUACAGAAUGAUUCGAUCACGAUAUAUGGUAGUGGAAAACAAACGAGAUCGUUUCAAUAUGUAUCUGAUUUAGUCGACGGGUUAGUUGCUUUAAUGGCAUCUAAUUAUACUCAACCAAUAAAUAUUGGAAAUCCUGUGGAACAUACAAUAGAAGAAUUCGCUCUUAUAAUAAAAGAUUUAGUUGGUACUAAUAGUAAAAUAGUUGAACUUGCCGCGGUCGAAGAUGAUCCACAGCGAAGAAGACCAGAUAUCACUAGAGCUAAAAAAUAUUUAAAUUGGGAACCAAAAGUUCCUUUAGCAGAAGGACUUAAGAAAACGAUAAUGUAUUUCGCUAAGGAAUUACAAAGAACAAAGCAUUCUCAGAAAAGUAGUUUUAAACAAUAUUCUUACAAAAACGAUCACGAUAUAGUAGAACAACUUUAACAAACAAAAUAUCAAUACAAUUAAUUUUUAUCCACUUUUAACAAAGUGGUUUCGGAAAGUGCCAUUAUGCUAUGGACCAUUAUGUGCCAAGAGAUUCCCCGUCCAAAUUGAAAAUUUUAUAUAAUUUAGAAUAUUAACAGGUACACGUAUUCUCUUUUUUAAUUUAAAAUAAAAAAAAAAAUAAAAAAAAGAAAUGAUAUUUAAAGAAAAAAUUUUCGUAACAAAAUUGAUAUUUUGUAUUUAUGAAAUCGAUAUUUAUUUCAGCUUCAUUAGGAUGAUAACUUUGUUAAAUUCAACACACAUAUAAUGAAUUUAUUUAUUACAUAUAAAUGGUAUGCAAUAAUAUUUAGUUCAAAUGGUGAAUGCUUAUAUUACUUAUUUUAUAAUGAAAUGAAAUUUUUAAAAUUCUAUGUUUAGUAAUGAAUUGUGUGCUAUGGUGCUGGGGAAAAUUAAUAUUCUUUUUCCCUAUAUAAAUUAUUAGAUUAGACGACAUGACUUUGAAAGGUAUUAUAUCGGAUUUAUUUAAUAUUUCUAUAAAAUUAAUUCUUCUUCGAAUAUACAUGACAUUAUCUAUUUGUUAAAUUUCUAUAAUGAUAUACGAUAGUAAAAUUAAUCACUUGUAAUUAAUACUUGUAAUUAAUAAGUAAGUUUUUAAUAAUUUUUGUCAUGGAAUUUUUUAUUAUAGAGACAAAUGCGGUCUCAAGAUUUCUCGUUCUUGUGAAAUGAUUCUUUUGAACGUUUGUAAUAUAUUAAUAACGUGUUGUGUGAUAUAUACACAGUGUAAGCCGUAAGUACUGUAAUAUUUCAUAAGUGUGUAAAACAGGAAAGUAAUUUUAUACCGUACGAAAAAAAUGUAUUCUAUCCGAGUAUGAGUAAA